ACUUAUAAGAACCAGUAUUGUGGAUUUGUGGCGGUCCAUUUGAUUUUGUGGCUUUGUGAAGUUCCGCAAAAAUUAGCUCAUUAACCUUUCUCCCUCCUUUUAACUUCUCUUUAUCAACAAAACUUAAUCAAGCUCCUCAACCUCCUCAACCUCGAUCCAGCCCUUGACAGUUCUUCCAUUAGUGAAGAUGGCAAAACCUCAACUAUCAUGGCUCUACAGCUUUGCUUUAUUCCUGACUGUAUCUUGUCAAAUUAUAAAGGCUCAUAUACCAGAUGAGAGCAGGCUGAAAUCAGGUGUUUAUUUAUCACCCGAGUUUGACAUGAAUCCUGGAUCAGUAGUGAACAGAUUCUAUUACAACAUCGACUUUCCUAAGGGUCACAUUGGGAUUAAGAGCUUCUAUGCUGAAGUAGUUGAUGAGGGUGGAGUUCCUGUCACUCUUAAGGACACUUACCUCCACCACUGGUUGGUUGUGAGAUAUUAUGCACGUGUAGGUUUCGAGGAUAAAGUUCUUAACAGUGAUCCAAGACUUCAUCAAGGGUCAGAUUUUAUGUUGGCUGGAAACACUGGAGUAUGUGGAAAUCUUAUGCAGUAUUUUGGAUUGGGGUCUGAAACCCGAAAAACAGACACAAACGUGCCAGAUCCUUAUGCGAUAGAGGUUGGUAAUCCAGCUGAGAUACCAAAAGGGUACGAGGAGAGAUGGGUUCUGAAUGUUCAUGCUAUUGAUACUCGGGGUGUGGUGGAUAGGUUUGGAUGCACUGAAUGCAGACGCAGUCUCUACAAUACUACGAUAGAUGAAUAUGGAAGAUACAUUAUCCCAGAUUAUGAAGGAGGAAUGAGAUGUUGCCAUGAUAACACACAAUGUAAGGUAAAGGAAGGUGUUGAACAUUCAUUGAGGAGGUUGUACAUGAAGUAUACUGUCGAGUGGUUUGAUUGGAAUGAAUCAUUUCUACCUGUUAAAAUAUACAUCUUUGAUGUUACUGAUACUUGGAAGCCAUCCAGUAAAGGGCAUGACUGCAAGAUAGAGUAUGAAGUCAAUCCUUGUGAUUCAUCUACUGUUUCUUCUAAUGGAUGCAUAGACACCAAGAGGCUAAGCUUCAAGAUGCCAAGAGGCGGGUAUGUAGUUUAUGGCGUUGCCCAUCAGCAUGCAGGAGGAAUUGGCUCGACGCUUUACAGAAAGGAUGGGCGCACUAUUUGUUCCUCGACUCCAACCUAUGGAAAUGGAAAUGAAGCAGGAAAUGAGGAUGGAUAUAUUGUUGGAAUGUCUACCUGUUACCCUGAACCCGGCUCUAUCAAGAUAAAUGAUGGAGAGACACUGGUUCUAGAAUCCAAUUACAGUAGUUCUCAGAAACACACUGGAGUUAUGGGCCUUUUCUACAUUUUGGUUGCCGAACAAUUACCAAUGCACAAGGAUAUUUCAACCCUUCAAUCUCUCUGAUCUGCUGAGUGAGCGCAGUAAACAUCCAUUUCUUGAUUGAACGGUGUCUAUUUAGUGACCCUGCCCAGGUGAACUACAGGCGAGUUUGAGUUUACUAGAAGUUGAUGCAUACAUGAUGUAUAUAUACUACGUAUUCAAUCUAUGAUAAGUGAUGAUGAACUCUUGAUACUUUUGUCUGCCUUUUCAUCAAUAAAUACUAGUACUACAUAUGCCUUUUCAGUAA